CAUAAUCAGCUCAACUUGUCAGCUUGUAUCAAAUCAACUGGAUUGAACUUUGGGAGUAUGCAAUGUCUGGUUAUUUGUUAAUAACAUAGCGUUUCUUUAUAAAUAGUCGAAUGUAAAUAAUAUUCUAAUGCUUCCGUCAACCGGCUAUUUUAAAGGCCUGAAUUGUCCUUUUUUUGAUAGCGGUCUUUGUGAACGGCCUUACUGUCAUUUUCGUCAUGUUAAGAAAGAACCCCAAAACAACGAUGGCAUCGAAAGCGAUACAAUUUUACAAAAACUGGUGUCUGCAGCCGUACAAAAGGUACUGCAACAAACGGAAUCUUCAGGAUCAGUAUCUCCGACCGGCAGAUCAACAACAAAUGAAGUAUCAAAGACAAACAUAGUACCUGUAACUUCUAAAGCUACAUACAACCCGACACCGAUAGCAGAGUUAAACAAAAUUAAUAACGUCGACACAGAAAACAACGAAGAUGCAAAUGAACAAAGAAAGAAGCACAUUCCAGUACCUUACACACCUAGAAAGCCAGCUAAUAUGGCUAUUAAGCGCCCAGUUGAAGUUAAUGGUUCUUUUAAACCUUUUAUAUAUAUACCUCCGCCCACCACAUAUACUCCUGGUUCCACUGAGAAGUCACAAUUAGAUCCAUACACUCCAAAAGGUACGGUAGAAUCAAAAGAAAAAUAUUUGCCAGGAAAAGAGACUGAAUUACAAGAGUAUACACCUAAUGAAAACUCAACAUCAACAAAACGGAGCUAUGUUCCCUCAGAUAAAAAUUCAAACAAAAAGAAGAUUUUAGAAUAUAAACCUACAAAGGUAACUAGCAAGCCAGAAGUGGCAAAGGUUACAUAUCAACCCACACCAAGGUCUCUAGCUCCAUGUUUUUCUAGCGAUGAGGAAGUUGAACCUGAAGAAAAGAAGAGAAAAUUAUCAAGUGAUUUGAAUGGUUUAGAUGACUUGGGUGCAGAGUUUGAUAUACUAGAUCAAAUUUUAGAUGAAGAGAAAUGUGAAAAUAAUGUUAAAAACAGUAGUGAGAGAAAUACAACAGCAAAAAAUAACAAAGAAAAUAGUGAAAAAAAGGACACUAAAAGUAAGGAUGACAAAUCUGAUAAGGAUAGAAAUAAAUCUAAUAAAAGUAAAUCUGACAGCAGAGAAAAGUCUGAAACACAGGAUAAGCAGUCAAAAAGUAAAAUCUCCUCCAGUAAAGAUUCUGAAAAAAAAUCAAGUCAUAAAAGUUCAAGUAAAGAUAGAGAUAAAUCAGAUAAGAAACAUUCUUCAAAAAGUUCAAAACAUAAAAGCAGUUCUUCUAGGAGUUCAGAACAUCAUUCCAAAAAUUCAAAGUAUCACAAAGAGGAUACUAAAAAAAAAGAAAAGAGUCACAAACAGAAAAGUCAUAAAAGCUCUAAACAUCACAAAGAUAAACAUAAAGAAAAAAAAGAAGAGCCAGAGGAUGAUAACUUCGACUCCCACGAAAACAAUGAAGAGCUUCUAGAGAUGUCGGAAUCAGAUGAAGAAAGUAUCACAUUAGAAUGUAAGAAAAUUUUUGAAGAAUAUGUACCUGUAGAAAAACCUAAAGUUGUUGAGGAUACAGUCAACAAGGAUGAUGAUAAUGAGGCAGAGGAAUAUAUAUCAAGUAAGAAAAGAAUAUCUCACACUAUUGAUAAAAAUAUAAAAGUAACUCCAAGGCCACAAGUGAAACCUAAUUUUAAGAUAAAUGCAGCACAAGCAAUGGCUGAUAGAAUGGCAAAAAUAAGAGAAUUUCAUGCAUCGAAAACCCCACCGAAUAAAAAUGAAGUUAUUCAAAAACCACCAGAAUCACAACAGAAUAAUGUGUUCACUCCCCCAAGUAGUGGUAAUACUAAAAUUAGAAUUGCUCAUGUGCCUUAUGCAUCUACAUUAGUUAAUGCCAAAAAAGGUAUUUCACACACCCCAGACAAUAAAAAAAGUAGUCCAUCAACUAGUUGUACUUCUAUACAGACAGUUAAAAAAGGCACUCAGAGAGUUGCCCACAUGCCUAAUGAGAAAUUUAUUGACCGACCUGGUGUGUUAGAGCCUCUUGCCUCCAAAAUACCCGCAAAUAUUAGAUCUAUAUACUUGAAUAUGAUGAUAGAUGAAUGUUUAAAAAUUUAUUUAUCAUCAACUGAUGCUUAUGCCAGAGCUCAACAUGAAGAAUUAGCAACAAGUAAAAAGUGCUCAACUAUUCCAAUAUACAAAAAUUCUUCAGUACUUACAGUAAGUAGGCUAAGAAAGGAAGUGCAAGAAUGCAAUGGUGUUAAGAAGUCCAGCUCUGAAUGUACAGCUUUGCAGAAAAUUCCACAGGCAAUAUCUGGUACCACAAGUAGUGCAGGAUCUUGGAGCAUAGAAAACAAAAAUAAGAAGAAUGUGAUUGAUAAAAAUUACUUUAGUGGUGCAAAACUGUAUAGCAAUAUACAGAAAUGGGUUUUAACAGAGGAACAAUUACAAAGUAAUGGUUUUCCAAGACCACAUAGCAGUGGUGAAAAAGGGAGAGCAAUUAUCUAUGGUCAGAAAAAGCAGAAUCCUCCUAAAGGUUAUAUAAGGACUUGCUGUCGAUGUAAAAAAGAUUAUACAGUAAAUAAAAAGGGUUUCCCUGCUGUUAAAGAAGAGUGUAUUUAUCAUCCUAACAAUAAAUAUAGAGUGAGAGGAGAAGCACGUUACCAGUGUUGCAGUCAAGAUGCCACAUCAGAUGGAUGUUGUAUAGCUUCCUGCCAUGUAUAUGAAUUUGUAGAUUAUGAAAACUUAAAAGGUUAUAUUAGAACUAUGCCACCAGAAUCAGAAAGUGAUGAUUAUGGAGUUUAUUCAUUAGAUUGUGAAAUGUGUUACACAACACAUGGGUUAGACUUGACUAGGGUAACUGUAAUAAAUUCAGCCUGUAAAGUUGUUUAUGAGACACUUGUAAAACCUUUCUAUCCUAUAAUAGAUCAUAAUACAAGGUAUUCUGGUAUUACAGAAGAGCAAAUGAUGGGUGUGACAACCACACUUUUAGAGGUUCAAGCCACUCUUCUUAGUAUGUUUAAUAGUAAAACUAUAUUAAUUGGCCACAGCUUGGAAUCUGAUUUCAAAGCACUUAAACUGAUUCAUGAUACAGUAAUAGAUACUAGUGUUUUAUUUCCACAUAAAAUGGGCCCUCCAUAUAAGAGAGCUUUAAAGAAUCUAUCCUCUGAACAUCUUAAGAAAAUUAUUCAGAAUUCUGUUGAUGGUCACGACAGUGCUGAAGAUGCUACAGUGUGUAUGGAGUUAUUGAUCUUUAAAUUAAAAGAAGAUUUGAAGACAAGGUAAAAUUAUACUUAAAAACUUUUUUAAUUGCAGUUUCAUAGCUGCUAUAAACUUAGGUGCAACUACUGAUUGUUAUCUGGGCCAGUUGAUCUCUAAAACAUUUACAUUUAUUGUAAGCAGUGAUUAGCCAUUGUAGUGGAUCAAACAGUAAUACUCAGAAUUUGUGAGACAUGUUUAUGAUUUCGAUUAUCCUGGAUUUGAUCCGGACCACCCAAGUUGACCACUUAUUUGUAAAUGCUACACAAAUGUAGUCUGUUAAAUUGUAUUUUAUGUUAAAAUGAACUGAUUUUUUGAUAAUUGAUAAGUAAUGUUUGCCUACGGGUUAUAUGGUAUUAUAACAAUAUUUGUCAACAAUUGUAUAUUUCCUCUUAUUUAUGAAUUAAAUUUAUUUAAAAUUU